AUGAUGAAGUGGUGUUAUGAGAAAUCUUAUGUUCUUGAUGGUUCUUAAAAAGUAGAUUCCAAUUGUAGCUAAAUAUUGAUGUACUUAUUCCAAAAAAGGCUCAAAUAAACAAAUGCUACAUUUAAUAAACAGAAAAUACAUUUUUUUAAAUUAGCAGUGGUUUCCUCAUUAUUGUUGAGUUUCUUAAAAAAGACAAGACAAGAAAAAAAAAAGAAGCAAAGCAUCGAACAAGUGCAUUCAUAGCUUAACAACUAAGUCCUCCCCUCUCUCUCUAAACUACUCAAGUCUGGGCACAGUCUGCAUUUUAGACAUUUUAGAAGCUUCUGUUUUCAAGCAUCUUUCUAAUUGUUUUAAAGGUUUCCUUGUUUAAAAUGAACGCGCAGAGUGAAGAUAAGCUGCAGGUGUUAUAACUGAAACUAGUACUGCUAACUGGGAGGACUGGCUGCAAGCUGCUGAAAAACCAGUAAAGCUGUCGCUGGUUAGAAAAAAAAAGUUUGUGAAAGUGGCCUGACGUCACACUCCCAUAAUGCUUACCGCCCCAUAACUCCGCUGCAGCCUGAGGAGAGCCAGACACACUCUCAGGCCCUGAAUAUAGAAAAAUUAUUGGGAAAAAUCGGAAAAAAUACCCAAGCAACAGAUCGGGAGGAGAAAAGAGCGUGGAGCGGUGGCGUGGGGUCUCCCACAGCGGGUUUUUGGUCCGGUCCGGGAUGGGAGGCUACCGGGAGUCCUUGUGAAAUUGACUAAUGCGAUGCUGGAAACUUUCUGGCCUUGGUGAACGACGACAACAACAAGUUGGAAAAAUGAAAGUGGGGUGACAACUGCGAGUCCCCUUUCUGCCUCCCCUCCAGGGCCAGUGUGAAGUUUUCAGUUUGAUUGAAGGCCUCUUUUCUGUGGUGUGCAGUGUGAAAGCUGUCCUAAUUGAAUGAUAAAGUGCCCCGAGAUGGAGUCCACUGAAUAGCCAACAAUGGCCAGCCUGUGUGUGGUAGAGGGAUUUUGGUUCACAUCCAGCCUCUGCCUCUCUGCUCCGAGAGGGGGCCUAUUAUAAUACUCUCUGCUGGACUCGGUCACGUGAUACUGCCUUGCUCCCUGCUACUCACCCCCUCCUCCCUUUUUGUCCCUCCCCCUCCCCAAUCUCAUCUCCUCCCUGUUUCAGUGUGGCCUGGCCAAUCCGGUCACAUCAUCAGCCUCUUCUUCACCCUGCUGGUUUGGUUGGAUGUUCCCAUUUUACCACACAGUAAAGAUGCAAAGCAAUAUUUCCCACUCACCACCAACCAUAGCUGUUGGGACUGGGUGAGCACCAGAGUGAAGGAGAGGAGUGUCUAAGGAAGACGCAAGAAAGAUUUUCACUAACAGAUCUGUGUUGUCUUCUUUUUCAACAACCUCCGACCUGCAACUUCCCAAGUUGAGCCUGGGAGGCAGGGGAGCUACAAGUGAAUUUUCAUGGCAGCGGCACUCUAGGGCUGCCAUGGCAGCUGCUGCCGCCGAUGCCUCACACCGUAUUACCGCACUGACGCCGGAGGAAGAGGGACGACGGACUGCUGCCAAGCUGUUUGGGAGCGCCGCCCCACUGCCCCUGACAGAAAGAGAGAGAGAGCGAGACAGGGAGAAAGAGAGAGAGAGGGAGGAAGGAGGAGAAGAGGUGGGGAGAGCAAGUGGGAACGAGUGUUUGGUGUGUGGGGCUCUGUUCACCUCACCAGAGAAGCUCCGGCUCCACGCCUUGAGUCACACAGGAGAGAAACCCUUCCACUGCUCACAUCCACACUGUCCCAAGGCCUUCAGCUCCAAAUACAAGCUCUUCAGGCAUAUGGCCACGCACUCUCCGCAGAAGACCCACCAGUGCUCGUUCUGUGAGAAAAUGUUCCACCGCAAAGACCACCUGAAGAACCACCUGCAGACCCAUGACCCCAACAAAGAGGCCUUCAAGUGUGAGGAGUGUGGGAAGCACUACAACACCAAGCUGGGAUACAAGCGCCAUGUGGCCAUGCACUCCGCCACGGCGGGGGAUCUCACCUGUAAAGUGUGCAUGCAGAGUUACGAGAGCACGCCUGUUCUCCUGGAGCACCUUAAGAGCCACUCUGGGAAGUCCUCAGCCGGUACUAAGGAGAAAAAACACCCAUGUGACCACUGUGACCGGCGUUUCUACACACGGAAGGAUGUGAGAAGACACAUGGUGGUCCACACAGGCCGAAAGGACUUCCUAUGCCAGUACUGUGCUCAGCGUUUUGGCAGGAAGGACCAUCUGACGCGCCAUGUGAAGAAGAGCCACUCGCAGGAGCUGCUGAAGAUUAAGACAGAGCCUCCCGAUAUGCUAGGUCUCUUAGCUACAGGCUCUCCGCCCUGCUCGGUGAAGGAGGAGCUCAGCCCCAUGAUGUGUGGCAUGGGGCCCAACAAAGACCCCAUGAUGGGUAAACCGUUCCCUAGUGGGGCACCUUUUCCAAUGGGCAUGUACAACCCCCACCAUCUCCAGGCCAUGUCAAAUUCAGGGGUGGGUCACCCACACCCGUCCUUGAUGCCAAGCUCCCUGUCUGCCGCUAUGGGGAUGGGUUGUCACAUGGAAUCUCCUGCAUCUCUUCACCCACACUCCCAUCAUCAUCACCAUCACCACCACCAUCACCAUCACCACCAUUCCCCUCCACUGCCCCCCCACCAUCAACCUCCGGCUCCCCAGCAGCAGCACCAGCCCCAGCCAGCGCCCAAGUACCAGCUGGGAUCUACCUCAUACCUGCUGGACAAGCCCUUGAAAGUGGAGAUGGAGAGCUUCCUCAUGGAUCUGCAGAGUGGCUUGCCAGGCCCACUUCCCUCUGCAGAGCCCCACGCUGCUGCUUCACCCCCCAAGGAUGGACUGGAGCCCGCCACGGGCCUGGCGGAUGAGCUCUGCGGGGAUCCCCUUCUGUCUAAGAGCCCUGCGGUGAUCGCUGAGUCUCUGUGUGCUGCUAACAUGGACUUCUCCCACCUGCUGGGUUUCCUGCCCAUCAACCUGCCUCCCUACAGUGCCCCCAUGAGCACUGGAGGGCUAGUCAUGGGUUACACCUCAUCUGCGACCUCCUCAACUUCCUCUUCUUCCUCUUCAUCGUCUCUGCACACUGCUGAGCCCCAUGCUGCAGCAGUUGCAGCGGCAGCAGCCGCUGCUGUCGCCACAGCACCUCUUACCUCUUUGCAACCGCAACCUCAGGAGCAGCAGAGCUCCAGUGGGAGUCUGGGUCUUGGAUCUCUGCACCCCCUCCCACCAGUGUUCAGCUCCAGCCUUAGCACCACCACAUUGCCUCGCUUCCACCAGGCCUUCCAGUGAGAGUGCCGGCACCUUGCGUCUUGCCCAGCAGGAACGGCCUUCGCACCAGCCUCAGCUCAGCACAGAUGUUUCGGGCUAAUCAGAAAGUUGGAAAAUUAAAAUGAAAGAACAUUUAGAAGCCUUAAAUGAAAGUGCGCACAAAAGCUUUUGAUUGAGCCUUAAAAGGAAUUUAAACCCCUUUAAGCAAAAAGGAAAAGGUGAGAAAAGAAGUUGAAGCAGCUUUUAUUUUGGGCUUUUUUUUCCUUAUCCUGUAGUUAUAACCAUGUAUUAACCCUUGUUUUUUUUGGUUUUUUCAUUUACUUUUAUCCCCCCUUUUUUUUAUCACCUUUUUAGUGUUAUAGAAGGCAGAAUCAGUAGCCAAAAGGCAUGGUACUGCAUACUUUCUAAAGUAAUACUAUAAAAAAAAAAAAUCAAAGAUAACUUUUAGAUUAUCUGUUUUGUUGUGACCCAGAAAAAUAUAGUUUGAAGUGGAUAUUUUGUUUUACUUAUUUUUCUUUACCAAAUGUAAGAACAUGGUAGAAUGCGUUUCAUCUUGAGUUUUUGAAACACCCGUGCUUAUAGCUUCAACUGUCAGGACUGAUAUGGAGAGAAGAGAGACCCCUGAAAGGAAAACACAUAAACUUUAUGUUCUGUUCAGAGACGGCUCACACAGAACCAUAAAAGUGACCUGGCCUUUAAAAAAAAAAAAAGUGCUCUUCGAACAUAAAAAACAACAACAAAAAAACAAAAUAGAAAACCCCCACAAAAAAUCCAAAACAAAACAAAACAAAAACUGAUGUGCUCCUAGAGUCAGCUCAGUUAAAAACAGACUCUAAUCAUAGAUAAGAGAUCUGUUGGCUGCCACACACACAUUUUUAAAGAAAAGCUAAGAAAGAGAAAGAAAUGUGUGACACAGGUUGGCUUCAUUUUAUUACGUGUUUCUCAAGAGAAGCACUUUUUUUCUUAGCAGAAGGCACUUCACCUUUUGUCUCCUCCCUCCUUGUGACUAGAGGUUUUCACUGAGACAGAGAGCUCCUCGCUAGACUAGAGGAGGGCCGUCUUUCACUUAUCUUCCUUUACAAGUUCCCCUGAUAGUGAUAUAGUUGUUUGCAGCUUUUUCCUAGCUGUGCCGCAUAUCUCUGAAAAAUAUCUCUAUUUUCUGAAUAUACUGCAACCACAUCUUUAGGCGGUCUUUUAAAAAGAUGCAUCAUCUUGGUAAUGAUGAACCCUGACAUAUGUGAAUGACAAAAAAGAGCAAAAGAGUUACAGUGACAGAUGAGGAAAAAUGUGUUGAAGAAUGUUAUUGCAGUGUACGAAAUAUCUCAAAAAAAUAUUAUAAUGGCUUUUAUCUCAGUAAGGUGUAUUUUUGGUAGACGUAUUACAACUAAAUGAUGAUGUUUUUGAUGUCUGGCAAGUUUACAUGUGUGUGUAUCUUACAAUUUUGAUCAAACAAAUGGAUGAAGUAUUAGCUUUUUCCCUUAAGCUUUCUCUGUCAUAUCCAGUCUUUACCAUUACAUGUACUUGAGUUAGUUUAGAGGAAUCGAAACUAUGGAUGGGAAAUAUAUAUAGAACGCUGUUAGUAAUUUAGUAACAACCUAGGAUUUGAACAAUGUAGGGAUGCUGAUAUUGAAGACCUAUGAAGCUACGUGUAUAUAGUAGAAUAUAUACUCACCGGCAACUCAAAUUACAUACACCUUGCUGGCAUUGGGUUGAAAUCCCCUCUGUCUUCAGAAAUGCCUUAAUUCGUUGCACAGACGCCACCAGGUACUGGAAACAUUUCUCAGAGAUUUUUGGCAUGACAUUGUUGUAAACUUGCUGCAGAUUGGUUGGCUGCACAUCCACGAACCUCCCAUUCCAAAACGUCCCAAAGGUGCUUUGUGGCAUGACAAUUAUCCUGGUGAAAGCAGCCUUUAGAAGAUGGACUUGUUAAGAGAUGCUCUUCUGCAUACCUUGGUUGUAACAAGUGGAAGAAUUCACCUUUUUUCCCCAUUCUGAUGCUUGGUUCGAUAGACUGUUUUGACCAUGCCUAUAUGCCUGAAUGCACGAGUUUCUGAUUGGCUGAUUAGAUAUUUGUGUUAACAAGCAGAUGUACCUGAGAAAAUAGCCGGUGAGUGUGUAUCUCACUGUAUACAUACAUUUAUAAUGGGGUGUAACAACUCUGUAACCAAGACCAAAAUUGCAAUACAAAUAUCAGUAUUGCAUCUUGGCUCAGUCUUCCCAUGCUAUGAUACCCAUGAGGAGCUGUUAAUGCCUAGUUAAAGCAAUGCAUAGUUACAGUAAUGAAAGCUGUAAUGUUUUAAAGGUUGUUUAGAAUAAUAGAAUGAAAUCUUUGUUCAUGAUCCAAUCAUGAUAAAGUUAAUAGGCCUGUGUUAAAAAAUGUUUUAUUUUUGUUUUUCAUCCCCUGAAAAAAAGGAACUGAGGCCGAAAAACUGACGUUUGAACUAAGCUGUGGUCUCAAAGAAUUGUUACACCCCUAGCAAAACUGCUCUGCUGUGAUAAAAUCUUCAGUCCAAGAUCAGUUAUCUUGGAUGUCUUGAAGUUCUAACUAGUCCUUAAAAACCCAAAGCCCAAAGUUAACAUAAACCUUAAAGUCAUAUAGGUGCUCAUUAUCUUUCCAUUUAAUUUAACCUGUAUUCAUUCCCUUUAAUGUAAUUAUUGUGCCUUGAUGGGUCAUGCUAACUCUCCACUCUGUCCCUCUUUUGUAGAGAUUCUAGAAAUGGUGAGAAUUUGGGAAAAAUUUUUUGCACACUUGUAGUUUAAAAAAAAACCUCUCUGAGGUCUAAGUUGACCCCAAAUCUAACCCCUAACACUAACCCUAACCAGAGACAAAGAAAAAUACUUUUAAAAAAAGUUAGUGGCUCAUGAUGUAUGUCAGUUAGAAUCAACAGAAUUAAAAGUUGCAUUUUCUGAUAGCACUGAGUCAUCAGUAUUUAUGAUUUAGUCCUAGGAGGGGUGACAUAUACAUGUCCAGUAAUUAAGCACUUCUACCAUCCGUACUUACCUCAUACGUCAGACAGCCACAGGAACACUAGUGUUAUUGACAUUUGAACAACAACCAUAAACAUAAACUGGGAGUCAGUCAGAGUGGCCUAGCUAGCAACUAGCUAAACUUUUACAAAGACCGAAAACCACAUUACACAAUCAGAAAAACAAUUAAAACAUGUCUAAUUUAAUGAUGCAAAGUUAAAUUUUGUACUUGCCAUUGUAGUAAGAGGCAGAAGUUCAUUGCUAACAUGACCCAUAGAGCAAUAACAACCACAUCGAUGGGAAAUACAGGUUUAGAUCAACUGGAAUUAUUUUUAAUCUUCUCAUCGGUGACGAUGCCCAACCUUAAUACUGAACCCUAACACUAUAUUUUGGUGAAUCUUUUUUUUUUUUUUUGCAAAAAAUGUAAAUAGUCUUUGAUGUGUUUCAGUUAGCAUGAUUAUUUCUUUUUCCUCUUGAUUUGCAAGACUUGGCAGAACAUUUUCUUUUAAAUGUUAGAUUUCCUUUAGCAUAGGGUUAGCGUUAGGGUUAGUGUCGUCACCGGUAACAACCUCAUAAGGUUAGAUGGUCUUUCUGUGGCCUGACCAACACUGACAAAUAUGCAUGUUCAUAUCUUUGCUAGUUCAUUUUAUUGGUGAAUCUCAUUUCAGUGAAAAACCUGAUAACUCUGCCUUUUUAAUAGUCGCUGUGCUACAUGAGAACCCAAACAUAAAGUAAAAACACAGAAAAAAAAGGAAAAAACAUAGCACAUAAAAAAUGGAAAGUCAAACACAUAUUGCUGCUUUUAGCUACGGUUGCAUAUGGAUGACAACUGUAGACCACUAGAACAUUUCAUUUUUUUUCUAUCUGCAAGAUGGACAGCAAGCUGAAAACGUGCACGAAACAAACCGACAAAGUGUUCAUCGGCCCCAGUACCACUCCCUCCGUACUCCUUCCUUUCCUCCUCCUCUUUCAGCUGCUUCGUAGAGUCAAAGGAAAAGGGUCUGAAAAUAUAGUGAUAUAUCUGGAGGAAGGCAGUCGCCGAACCUCUGUGCUUUGACAUUCAAAGCAAGAGGGCGGACACGUGUUUGACUGCAGGACUCGAGGUAUCGCUUAUACUCAUAUAUUUGUUUUGUUUUUUGUCAUUUGAUAUAUUAUUUUCUGUUUGUAUAAAACAGGACCUCGAAAAAAAAAACAACACAACACAUCACCUCAUUUUUAUGUUUUUGUUUUUUUUGUUUUACCAAAACCUCGGGAGAAGAAACUAUGUUUUUGCACAAUUGCUUGUUGAAGAAUGCUACAAGUGCUUUUCGUUUAAUAUUGUAGGAUAUAAAAGCCCGACAAUGAGCAGCUGAUGGACCCUGUUAUUUACACAGGUGGAGGGGUUCAAGGUCCAGCAACUUUACUGCCUUCGGGUGGAAACACAUUGGUCAAGCGUUAAAGUUGCGUACAUUAUUGCUUCAACCUCUUUAGACUUUUGCUCUUCUCCGUGCACCUUGGUAAGCAGGUAAAAUUGUGCCAGAAACCUCUACUCUGUAGUUUCCAUUUACACAGGUUAACCCUGACCCCUCCUUUCAGAAGGUAUAAGAAGCUGAAAAAUUUGGAAUCACUGCAAUGUGUAGAAAAAGCGUCCCCACACAGUCUGACUGUUUAACUUCAUCCCUAAAAAUUGCCUUUGUAUAAUCCAAAUUUCAAACUAAAUUGGAGCAGGUUUUACACUUAAUUAGAAUCCCAUUGGAAAGUCAUUUUUUGAUAAUGAUGAUGAUGGCUCUUGCAAAAUGAUCAGACGUCUGAUCCUAAAUUCAUUAGCUGUCAGCACCUUUCGGUGAAUUUAUCAUAUUAAGAAAAGGUAAGACUGGUCUUUAUUAUGAUCUCAAAAAAGGUGGUUUUAUAAGAACUCUCUUGGGUUACGCCAAACUUGUAGCAAUCAAAUUGAGCAUUUAUAUAUUUUUGUAACAAACAGUCAUUUAGUCUUGAAAAAGCUUUUGGCAUGCUUUUAGUUUGUCCUCCCUGGGUUUCUGUGAGCUAAUCUGAAUUCUAGCACUUUCAACCUUUAAAAAAAAAAAAAAGAGUAUUUUUUUUCUUUAAGAUUUUCAGCUUAUGUGUUCAUAUGUUUUUAAUUUUGUAUUGAUCCUGUAUAUGUAUGUGCCAUUAGUUUGAUGUGUAGACUUUAUCAACUUGUGUAUUUCUCUUUUCCAAAAGGAUAACAGUAUUUUUGAUAUACCUUUCACUAAUAUCCUUCUACAUAAAAGACCUCUGCCCUUUUUACUUUUUUUGUUCGUUUUGGGUAACCAGCUUUGCCUUCUCUCACGUGAUUUUUAAUCAAACUCUACAGCCAAGUUUUUGAAGACAACAACCACAAACCAACCACAGCCUGCCACUGAAAGCCUGUUGUAAGAGACCUGCCAUUUUUAGACCAUGUAACCAAACAAAAGUAAAGUCCAGAGCGACCCCACAACAUAGAUUUUAAAGCUUACCAUUGUGGUCACAGGACUGGUUGUCCCUGCCAAAACGAACAACUUUGUGAGUCACAGCAGUGAAGUUGACUCUCAAAAAUGAAUUUAAAUUAAUGUUACUAAACUCAGUUUCAAGCACCUGAAAAGAAUAAUUGUUUCUUUUUAGAUAUUUUAAACAAACUGGACAUGUGGUGAGGUGUGUGUGUGAAAUUCAGAUUUCAUGCCUGUCUUACCACCUAAUUGUACGGAAGCUCAUUUGUGCCAAGAAGAGAACUAAUAAUAAAAAUAAUACUAAUAAUAAUACAGACAGUACAGUCAAGUGAAAAUAAGAUAUUAUACAAAGUGUGAUAAAGUGAGAUAGCUAUUAAAAUACUAUUAAAAUCAUUCCAUCAUCAUUCCACACAGGAAUGUUACAAAGUUCCAGGAUCUGGUCUGUAACAGACCUACACAUUCAGCAGGACAAGCUGCAGAAACAAAUAUGACUUACCAUCCAUAAAAAUGUGUAGAGAACUUGUGUGAGAAUAAUCAAAUAUUUGUUUUUCAGUGUCACUUAACUUUAGUGAUAGUGGGGUGGGGUUUAGUGAUGGUACAUUUGUGGGUAAUGUGCAAACAGGACCUGAAAAUAGCUACAGCCAAAGCAUGGCCUAACAGACCUACCUAUCCAUUGUUUCCAUUUUUGUACUGGUUUCCAAAGUAGAUCUAUAUGUUGGUGUUAAUGUGGUCAUUUCAUCUUGGUUUAAAAAUGAUCAGGCUGCUCAUAGAGUUUUUCAAAAUAUUUUGAAAAAUGUCAUGUUGACUAAAAACGUGAAUUUUCAAGUGAAACAGAAAGUCUUUGUACUAAGCCAUGUUUUUAGGUCGUAUUUGUUUGCAUUUUGCUGUGUACUGCCAACACACACACUGAUCUGAACAAAACUCAAACUGUGUUAAUUAUAUGUUCCGCUUCCUGCUCUAGUCUAUUGUAGAUGUACAUAUUACUAUACAUCGGCGUGACUUUGUGCUGAACAUUGGGGGGAUCAUGAUCUUUGUCUAAAUAAAUAAACACAUCUGGGUAAAUUCCCAGAUGAUUAAACAUGCAACUAUUUUGCUGGUAAUACCUGAAAUGAGUAAAGAAAAUCAACAACCUAUUUAUGCAAGGUAAUUCAGAAUUUUAUUGGGGGGGUUAUAUUGGUUGGGUCUGAUUAUUGGGGGGGGGAGUCAUAACCACCCUGACACCCCUGGAAAUUACGCCCCUGUUACUAUAAGAUCUCACAGUACUAUGGACAAUGAGAUCUUUAACUUCAAAUUAUACAAAAGAUUACAAAAUAACAUCUCUACUUUUAUUCAGUGCAAUACAUUUCUCUACUUUUCAGUAUUUUGACAUGCUAAUAAUUUGUUACUUAAAUGUAAUUGUAAAUGUAACUUUAAUCAUAGUAAUUAAAAAAAAAGCACAAAAAAUAAUACAUCUGCUAAAAUGAGUUUUGUUUCAGGCUCUAUGAACUCUGUCCUGCUUGAUCAUAUUUUAUCAUUAUUUACGUAAAGUUAAAAAUAAAGUUUUGACUAACGUUUCCUAAUUUAGACUGUAAUAACACAACUACAAGAGGAUUUUUAAUUAAAACAAUAUUUCAUAAUUUCAAUUUACGAUUGUUUUUUUUGGCAGAAAUGAGCUUCUGUAAUUUGAGCUGAUGUCCAUAUCAUAUCAGUCCUAUUCUGAAACAAUUGCAGUGUUGUUCUACUACUCUGCUUGGUUGUAGCUCCAUUACCUCGACCUGCACCUACUAGGGAUGCACUUAUUCUCACCUUUUCUUCUUAACUAGUAGGUGCAGCCCACACACACAUUUUAAGGGAAUUUCUAUAUCAGUUUAAAUCUGAGAAAACUGAUUAGAUUUUUAAUGAGGCUCUCUCUUUCUUGCCCUCUCUUUUUUUUUUCGCUGUUAAUGAGAAACUGGGUACUGUCUGAUGCAGGCAACAUCCACAAGUAGUUUUAUAUAUUUCUAGCUUAACGGAAGUCUUGCAUUCCAACCUCUUUGUGUAUCUUGUUUAGUGACAUAGCCCAUUUUAUUUUUAUCACUUGCUAUUUACAGCCACCUCCGAAAUAACCAAGAUUUUUAAAAAAAGAAGAAGGUGAAAAUAGAGUUUUUGCAUCCACGUACACUAUAUUAUAUAGCAUCAACUACAGGGAGAGUUCUAUUAAUGAUGUGCUUUGGAUAAGACAGACAAUGCGAGGUCUUGCUUUCUUUUGUUACAUAUCUCACAUGCAAUCAGUUGCUGCAAUGUUAAAGUGACAGAUUUGUAUAUUGGUUGAUCCAAAGAGAUGAUGAACACAACAACAGAACUAUUGACUUAUUGUACAGUACAGUCUAUCUUUGAGUUGUCAUGUGUUAUGUUGAAAUGAUUAAAAGAAAAACCAGUGGUUUCAUA